AGAACCGGAAUCCCUUAGUGGCCGUGUACUACACGAACCGGGCCCUGUGCUACCUGAAGAUGCAGCAGCACGACAAGGCGCUGGCCGACUGCAAGCGAGCGCUGGAGCUGGACAGCCAGUCGGUGAAGGCUCACUUCUUCCUGGGGCAGUGCCAGAUGGAGAUGGAGAACUAUGACGAGGCCAUCGCAAACCUGCAGAGAGCCUACAACCUCGCCAAGGAGCAGCGGCUGAAUUUCGGAGAUGACAUUCCCAGCGCACUGCGCAUUGCCAAGAAGAAGCGCUGGAACAGCAUCGAGGAGAAGCGGAUCAACCAGGAGAAUGAGCUGCACUCCUACCUGACCAAGCUCAUCAUGGCAGAGAAGGAGAGGGAGCUGGCUGAAUGCCGAAAGACUCAGCAAGAAGAAAAUGUGGAUGACAGUCGGAGCCGAGCUCAGCUGGCCAACAUCGAAGCCAAACACGACAAGUACCUGGCAGACAUGGAUGAGCUCUUCUCGCAAGUGGAUGAGAAGAGGAAGAAGCGGGACAUCCCAGACUACCUGUGCGGGAAGAUCAGUUUUGAACUGAUGAGAGAGCCCUGCAUCACGCCCAGCGGGAUUACGUACGACAGGAAGGACAUAGAGGAGCAUCUCCAGCGUGUGGGCCACUUUGAUCCUGUGACGCGGAGUCCUUUGACCCAGGACCAGCUGAUCCCCAACCUUGCUAUGAAGGAGGUGAUAGACGCGUUCAUAUCAGAAAAUGGCUGGGUAGAAGAUUAUUGACGGCCAAGGGGGCGAAGCUGGCCCGCCCGGACCCUCCCUGCCGCUCCGGCCGCGGGGCGCUCGGCCGCAGACUGCUCUCGCUGGGCUGGCACCAUGCCUUACUCACUCUGUCUGUCCCCCUCCGCUCUGGGUGCCCGGAGACCCCUUGGCAGCACUGGGCUAGGGUACGCUGUCAUCUCCCCUUCCCACGGAACCGCAGCGGGCUGCACG